AUGGCUGGUGCUGCUGCUUUUGGUUUCCAUCCUCACUUGGCCGGCUUCUGGCAUCGAUUCACUGGAAAAGCAUUGGGUGCCACCAUGUGGUUCUGGAUGAUGUAUCGCGCAAAACAAGACGGACCUGUUAUUUUGGGCUUGAGACAUCCUUGGGAACACGGUGAUCACGCUGAACACGAAGGAGAACAUCAUUAA